AUGUUAACUAAAGGAGGCUUUUCACUGAUUUCUAACGUAGAAAAAUUUGCUAAUGCUACAUUAACGGUUUUACCUCUUCGACGUCUUUGCUUAACUCGUACUAUUUAUGCAUUCACAAGCGAAAAGUCAUCGAAGACUCUUAAGGUGCCUCUUUCUCGGUUUGAACCAAAUAAAUAUAUUAAUUAUGAAAAAAAUGUAUCUGUUUUGCAUACUGUCAAAAAAAGACUUAAUCAUCCAUUAACACUUUCUGAAAAAAUUCUUUAUUCACAUCUUGAUGAUCCACAAAAUCAAAAAAUUGAACGUGAUAAAUCAUAUUUACAUUUACGUCCUGAUCGUGUUGCUAUGCAAGAUGCUACUGCUCAAAUGGCUGUACUUCAAUUUAUGUCAUCUGGUUUACCAACUGUUUUAAGUCCAACUACCAUUCAUUGUGAUCAUUUGAUUGAAGCACAAAUUGGUGGAGAUGAAGAUUUAAAACGAGCAAAGGAUCUUAAUAAGGAAGUAUAUAAUUUCUUGGCAACAGCAAGUGCAAAAUAUGGUAUCGGUUUUUGGAAGCCAGGUAGUGGUAUUAUUCAUCAAAUUAUUCUAGAAAACUAUGCUUAUCCAGGUUUAUUACUAAUUGGUACUGAUAGUCAUACACCCAAUGGUGGUGGUCUAGGUGGACUUUGUGUUGGUGUUGGUGGUGCUGAUGCUGUUGAUGUUAUGGCUAACAUGCCAUGGGAAAUUAAAUGUCCAAAAAUUAUUGGUGUUCGAUUAACAGGUCAAUUAAAUGGAUGGACAGCACCAAAAGAUGUUAUUCUUAAAUUAGCUGGUAUUUUAACAGUCAAAGGUGGUACUGGUUCAAUCAUUGAAUAUUUUGGACCUGGUAUUGAAUCAAUUUCAUGUACUGGAAUGGGUACCAUUUGUAAUAUGGGUGCAGAAAUAGGUGCUACAACAUCAGUAUUUCCUUAUAAUAAACGUAUGGCUGAAUAUCUUAAAGCAACAAAACGUGAAGAGAUUGCUAAUCUUGCUAAUCAACAUAAAAGUGAACUUUUAACAGCUGAUGAUGAUGCAAAAUAUGAUCGAAUUAUUGAUAUUAAUUUAUCUGAACUUGAACCACAUGUAAAUGGUCCAUUUACACCUGAUCUUGCACAUCCAAUACAUAAAUUAGCUAAAGAAGCAGAAAAAAAUCAAUGGCCACUUGAUAUUCGAGUUGGUCUUAUUGGUAGUUGUACAAAUAGUUCAUAUGAAGAUAUGACACGAGCAGCUAGUAUUGCUCAACAAGCAAUUGAUAAAGGCAUUAAAGCUAAAUCAAUAUUUACAGUUACACCAGGUUCAGAACAAGUACGAGCAACAAUUGAACGUGAUGGAAUUGCUGAAAAACUUCGUCGUAUGGGUGGAAUAGUUUUAGCAAAUGCUUGUGGUCCAUGUAUUGGCCAAUGGGAUCGUAAAGAUAUAAAAAGAGGUGAAAAAAAUACUAUAAUUUCAUCUUAUAAUCGUAAUUUUGUUGGACGCAAUGAUGCUAAUCCUGGAACACAUGCAUUUGUUACAUCACCAGAUCUUGUUACAGCAAUGGUUUUAAGUGGUGAUCUUCGUUUUAAUCCUUUAACUGAUUCUUUAACAGCUGCUGAUGGUACUAAAUUUAAAUUACAACCACCAACUGGUGAGAAUUUACCAUCAAAAGGUUUUGAUCCUGGUGUUGAUACUUAUCAAGAACCACCAAAAGAUGGUAGUUCACUUAAAGUUGAUGUUGAUCCAAAAAGUAGUCGAUUUCAAUUACGUGAACCAUUUGAACCAUGGGAUGGAAAAGAUUUUAUUGAUUUACCGAUAUUAAUUAAAAUAAAAGGAAUAUGUACAACAGAUCAUAUUAGUCCUCCUGGACCAUGGCUAAAAUAUCGUGGACAUUUGGAUAAUAUUUCAAAUAUUACGUUUAUCCCGUAUGUAUAA